CCUACAAUAAAGAACGUGGUUCCGCCUUCCUCCCUUCCCUUCUUCUUCAAUCUCAUUUCUCUCGAUUCCUUCUUCUUCUUCUUCUUCUUCUUCUUCAUGUGUGAACCAGAGAUUCAUUCCAAUAACAACAUCAAUUUCACCUUUCAAUUCUCUUCUUCGAUCUCCCACCUUCGCCUUUCCUCUUUCUUUCCUUCUUCGUCCCUUCAUUUCCACGCCUUUUUCCUAACCACAAUGAAUCUCUGAUCACUCCCAUCGGAAAAUCUCUGUUUUCCUUCUGUUAUUGCUUCCGAUUUUCACCGCUUCAAUCUUAUCUAUUCACUUGUUUCUUUUCGAUAUGAAGAAGGUAGCUGUCGGAGCGGCUGUGGUUUGCGCCGCCGUGGCGGCGGCGUUGGUUGUGCGUCACCGGAUGAAGAACUGCGGGAAGUGGAGUAAACCGAUGGGUAUCUUGAAGGAGUUUGAGGAAAAGUGUAGAACUCCCACGGAGAAGCUGAAACAAGUGGCGGAGGCUAUGACUGUGGAGAUGCAUGCUGGUCUCGCAUCUGAAGGUGGAAGUAAGCUCAAGAUGCUUAUUAGUUAUGUGGAUAAUCUUCCCACUGGGGACGAGAAAGGGUUGUUCUAUGCAUUAGACCUUGGGGGAACAAACUUCCGUGUGUUGCGUGUACAAUUGGGAGGAAAGGAUGACCGUGUUGCUAGGCAGGAAUUCGUCGAAGUUUCGAUUCCUCCGCAUUUAAUGACCGGAUCUUCAGAGGCCUUAUUUGGUUUUAUAGCUGAAGCACUUGCAAAAUUUGUUGAAGAAGAAGGUGAUGGCUAUCACCCAGUAUCUGGUAGACAAAGAGAGCUGGGUUUUACAUUUUCUUUCCCAGUUAGACAAACAUCUAUUGCCUCGGGGACACUUAUAAAGUGGACAAAGGGAUUCAACAUCGAGGACACAGUUGGGCAAGAUGUGGUAGGAGAAUUAACAAAGGCCAUGGAAAAGAUUGGAUUGGAUAUGCGUGUGGCAGCUUUGGUAAAUGAUACAAUCGGCACAUUAGCUGGAGGCAGAUACAAUAAUGAUAAUGUUAUUGCUGCCGUGAUUCUGGGAACUGGAACAAAUGCUGCAUAUGUGGAGCGGGCACAUGCAAUUCCUAAAUGGCAAGGCCUUCUACCUCAAUCAGGAGAGAUGGUUAUUAACAUGGAAUGGGGCAACUUCCGGUCUUCUCAUCUUCCAAUCACCGAAUAUGAUCAAGCCCUAGACUUGGAAAGUUUAAACCCCGGGGAACAGAUUUUUGAGAAGAUGAUAUCUGGUAUGUAUCUAGGAGAAAUAGUUCGCAGAGUUCUGUGUAGGAUGGCUGAAGAAGCUGCCCUCUUUGGUGAUGUUGUUCCGCCUAAACUAAAAAAACCUUUCAUUCUUAGGACUCCGGACAUGUCUGCCAUGCAUCAUGAUACAUCUCCAGAUCUGAGAGUUGUCGGAAGCAAGCUGAAUGACAUUUUGGAGGUAUCUAACAGUCCCCUCCCUAUGAGAAAAAUCGUCUUUGUGCUGUGUGACAUUGUUGCCGUUCGUGGUGCACGCCUAUCAGCUGCUGGUAUUUAUGGGAUCAUCAAGAAAUUGGGAAGAGACACCCCAAAAGAUGGGGAUAACCAGAAAUCUGUCAUAGCUGUUGAUGGUGGGUUAUUUGAGCACUACACUAAAUUUAGAAACUCGUUGGAGAGUUCACUCAAGGAAUUACUGGGAGACAAAGUUGCAGACAACUUUGUGAUCGAGCACUCAAACGAUGGCUCUGGCAUUGGAGCAGCACUUCUCGCAGCAUCUCACUCCCAGUAUCUUGGGGUGGAGGAUUCCUGAAAAAAGGAGUCCAAAGCCAGCCAAGAGCAUAUCAUCUCCAGCAAUGGAUCAAUUAUAUGGUAGAUUUGCCUGCAAAACCCCCCACGAUUUUGAAGUGGCUCCCUCUAUCUUUAUGAUGUUGGAGACGAUGUUGAUGGCAUUGGGGCACAAGUCCGUCCUUUGGCUCUGACAUGUUUAAUAAAUGGGGACGAGAGGUUUCCCUCCUCGCCAGCGUCUCCGAUGAAAUCAUCCUUCUCCAGUUCCUUUGCUAAAUAAAUUAGAACCAUAUGGAUUGUCAGCAGGCUGUUGAAAUUCUCCUUUCGAAUUAGAUCAAAUCCAUCAUUCGAUGAUUCAUGAACUUUCAUCAAGUAUACAAAUAAAGAAUUUCCUUUUCCAUUGUU